AGCGCCGUUGCUAGGGCUGAAGGUGGCGGGGCCGCGACUCUCCCCGGCGGAAAGCAAUCUUUACAAUGGCUGGUAUCGUGAUGGGGGUAGGACCAGGGAUUUUUAUCCUUGCUGUUAUUUGGGUUUUGUCUUUACUGAUAUGUAACCUGCUAUCUCGGUCAGGAGGCAUGGUCAGCUGGCUUUCAAUUGUAUUGGUUUUCCUCCUGGCAUUGAUAAUCACCGUGAUCCUCAUCUUUUUUCCUCGAGCCAAGGAAACACCUGAACCAGUGACUGAAGAAGUGAUUUUCGACAAUUUCUUCAUUGGCCGCUAUUGUCUCCUGUGUAUAUUGAUUGUGGGAUUCCUGGCGGGCUUGAUUCUACUAUUUCCUCAUUACAUUGUGGAACAUAUAGAAGCAAAACCCCUUCGAAGCUUCUGAGAAGCAAUCCACAGAGCCCCUGGACUCUGUCUGUGUAUGAAAGCAUUUGUAACUUAAAAGUUUAUUUUUGUGAAAACCAUGAUGUGGAUAUUGAAAUAUCUGUUGAGGAGUAACAGACAAGCAUUAAUUUAAAUAUAAAACUCUCCUCUUUAAAAGAAAAAAUAUCCAAAUUAACUGUCUGUUUUUAUUUUUCUGCUAUUUCCCAGGGCUCUGUGGUUUCUGUUGGAAAGGAAAUGAAAAGAUUUUCUUUGAAUUGAGCAACAUUUCAGUGGAAAAAGAAACUAGUAUUGAGGACGUGUAUUAAUUAGGAAAGAAUAACUACAAAAUCAUGGAAAUGUCAGCACAAAAUAAGACCAUUUCUGGGUGAUAUAUACAAACACAAACAUUUUUUGAUCAGUUUUGUCCCUCUUUUUCUUCUCUUUUAAAUCCAUGGGGAGUGCAAGUGGUAGUUGUCCUUCCAUACCAAGUGGCCAGUCAUAACGCUUGAAUCUGAAAAAUGCUGGCUAACAGUAGUUGGGUGAAAGAGACAAAUCUUAUUUACUUUACCCAGGGCUAACUUACAUUUUCAAGCUGUGCCACUGAAUAGUGAUCAGGUAUUGGCAUCUUGGUAGAUUUUAUCUCGAGCCCUGGGAUGAUGAACAGGGAGACCAGACCAGAAACCGUUUCUGCUCAGUGUUUGAGAAUAGUGGAGAAACGAGGGAUAUCCUUUGUUUCCUUCACUGCAGAUUCCAGAUAUCUAGGUCAAAUAAGAUGUGGCCUUGCACAUAAAAAAUCAGAACAUAUGAGACACAUUAAACAGAUGUUUAUGUCUCAUCCUGCUUUCUCACAGUUCGAUUCUGAUUUACUUUUGAAAGUUCACCUAAGGGACGAAUCUGGUGAAUUUAUAUAAAACCACAGAAAUGUUGCAAUUUUGGUUUCUACAGCUCUUAAGGAUGUUGAGGCAAUAGAGCAGACAAUGCAGAUUUCCUCUGUUGCUGCCUGGUAUCUGAAUUGAGGAGGGUAAAGGGUUAUUUGCUAGUUUAAGAUUAUGAAUGAACAGAAUAGAUUAAACAGAAGUAGGCUGUUUCCACUAGAAGAGCUACUUACUUUUAUACAGUGUCCUUCACAUAGUAAAAUGUCCCAAGGCUCUUCAGAUAUAUGGUAACAAAAACAAUUGACACCAAAACAUGUGGUAAUAGACCAAAAGUUUGGACAAAGAGGUAGGUUUUAAGAGCACCUUGGAGAGAAGUAAGGAGGUAGAGCAGUUUAGGGAAUGAAUUCAUGAACUUGAAGGCAUGGCUGCCAAUGAUGAAACAGUUAAAAUCAUUGACAUUCAAGAAGGGCAGAUAUCUCAGAUAAUUGUAGAUCUGGAUAUUACAGAGAUAAGGUGGGGUGAGGCCCUGGAAUUAUUUGAAAAUGAGGAUGAGAAUGUUAAGAUUGAGGUUUUGCACUGGGGAACAGAUAAAUUGUAAGAGAUUUAGGAUGGAGAUAUGCAAGAGUUGGGAUUGAAACACAGAUUGUGGUAACAUUUGAGAGUUGAGUCACUGACAGCAGUUAAGAAGUGUUUAGAUGAGCACCUGAAUUGCUUACGCACCAAGUGAUGGGUGAUAGGGUUAAUACAGAAGGGUGGCCACCGGUCGGCAUGGCUGAAUUGGGCCAAAUGCCCUGUUUCUAUGCUGUACAAUUCCAUGAAAUGGAGCAUGCAAGUGCAUUGGAAUGGCUUGUGUGAACUGAUUAGGCCAAACAGUUUUGUUCCAUAUAGUAUUAAAAACAAAAUCUCUUUCUGGGGAGAAGCAAUUUGUCUUUACUAGAUGCUGUUCCCUGUUGACAAAGGGGCUGUGUGAGGAAUGGUUGGUACAACAACAAUGAAUCACUCUAUGGGACCAACCAACCACCCCAUCUUAAAGACUUUUUGCAACUAAUCACUUAACAUGAUUUUUUGAUAUAUUGAGAACUUUUUUCAGAUUUUAGAGACUUAAUAUUUUGUAACUACUGUAAAUAAUCAUUUUCUACUCUGGUAAAUAUACAACUUUAUGUAACUAAAAUGGAAAUGCUGAGUCAAGCAGCGUCUGUGGAAAGAGAAACCAGUUACGUUUCGGGUCAGUAAACCUUCCUCAGAAGUG